GCGUGACGUAAUACGUCAAACUCCCAACUUCCUCCUCCUUAGCCAACUCCGACUUCCGUCAUUUUGGAUCUUGGAGUCUCCCUCUUCCCUCCGGGUGUCUGGGUGUCCAAAACCCCGCCCCACUAAAUUAGGAAGAGGUAGACUACGGGUCCCGCCCAUGGGCAUGAUGGCGUAUCUACGUUCCCUUUCCCAUUUCUAUUCUCUCCAUCAGCGGAAUCAGCAAAGGAUUAGAACGUGAGUGAAGAACACCGCCUUUCUUCCUGACUCGUGCCUGGCCGGAAACCUUCCCGGGCUCGUAAGGUAUUCACUGGAGAACUAGUGUUGGUCAGUAAAAAUUGUUGACUGACUUUCGAGGUGAAUAAAAUGGGGGCCGAGAGUGGACGGUGGGCGGAUACCUUCCUAUGCAUGGCCAAUCGCUGCUGCAUGAAGCUGGACGAGUUGAAGGUUGUCACCUGAACAUCAUGAUAAUGUGACAGUUAGGAUGCAAUCAUGUCAACUCUCUGUCCACCACCAUCUCCAGCUGUUGCCAAGACUGAGAUUGCUUUAAAUGGUGAUUCACCUUUAUUAGCAGCUACUUUUGCAUACUGGGACAACAUUCUUGGCCCUAGAGUAAGGCACAUUUGGGCUCCCAAGAAACAACAACUGCUUCUUAGUGAUGGAGAAAUAACUUUUCUUGCUAAUCAUACUCUAAAUGGAGAAAUCCUUCGGAAUGCAGAGAGUGGAGCCAUAGAUGUGAAGUUUUUUGUGUUGUCUGAAAAAGGAGUAAUUAUUGUUUCAUUAAUCUUUGACGGAAACUGGAAUGGAGAUAGGAGUACAUAUGGACUGUCAAUAAUACUUCCACAAUCUGAACUCAGUUUCUACCUUCCCCUUCAUAGAGUGUGUGUUGAUAGAUUAACACACAUCAUCCGGAAAGGAAGGAUAUGGAUGCAUAAGGAGAGGCAAGAGAAUGUCCAGAAGAUUGUAUUAGAAGGAACAGAGAGAAUGGAAGAUCAGGGUCAGAGCAUUAUUCCAAUGCUCACUGGAGAGGUUAUUCCUGUAAUGGAACUCCUUUCAUCUAUGAAAUCACACAGUGUUCCUGAGGAAAUAAAUAUAAGUGAUACAGUACUAAAUGAUGAUGACAUUGGGGAUAGUUGCCAUGAAGGUUUCCUUCUCAAUGCCAUCAGCUCCCACCUGCAGACCUGUGGCUGUUCUGUAGUAGUAGGUAGCAGUGCAGACAAAGUGAAUAAGAUAGUGAGGACACUGUGUCUUUUUCUAACUCCUUCAGAACGAAAGUGCUCCAGACUUUGUAGGAAUGAGUCUUCAUUUAAAUAUGAAUCCGGGUUAUUUGUACAAGGUCUGCUCAAGGAUUCAACUGGAAGUUUUGUGUUGCCCUUCCGACAAGUCAUGUAUGCUCCAUAUCCUACUACACAUAUAGAUGUGGAUGUUAAUACAGUGAAACAGAUGCCACCUUGUCAUGAACAUAUCUAUAACCAGCGUCGUUACAUGAGAUCAGAGCUGACUGCAUUUUGGAGAGCCACUUCAGAAGAAGAUGUGGCUCAGGAUACAAUUAUCUAUACAGAUGAAAGCUUUACUCCUGAUUUGAAUGUUUUUCAAGAUGUCCUACACAGAGACACACUAGUAAAAGCCUUCCUGGAUCAGGUCUUUCAUUUGAAACCUGGUUUGUCUCUGAGAAGUACUUUUCUAGCACAGUUUCUACUUGUCCUUCAUAGAAAAGCCUUAACCCUAAUAAAAUACAUAGAGGAUGAUACGCAGAAGGGAAAAAAGCCAUUUAAAUCUCUUCGAAACUUGAAGAUAGAUCUUGAUUUAACAGCAGAGGGCGAUCUUAACAUAAUAAUGGCUUUAGCUGAAAAAAUCAAACCAGGCCUACACUCGUUUAUCUUCGGAAGACCUUUCUACACUAGUGUACAAGAACGGGAUGUGCUAAUGACAUUUUAAAAGCAACCUUUUAAGUUUAUUUCAUCAUAUUCAUGAGUGCAGCUCAGAGAAAAUUAAUGUUAUGAAAAACACUCUUUGGGUCAUAUUCCAAAGCUCUACUCUACAUUUGCAGCUAAAGUUAUAUUGCAGACUUUUUGGGAUAAAAUACUUUAUAGUUACUUUAUCAGUUACAUCGUUUAUAAAUGGAUCCCUUCUUGACAUGCACUUUUUCAGAAUUGCCUUUUGUUUACAAUUAUAAUAUUCCUUAAUGUUAGGGCAAUAUAUAAAUUUUGACAACAGCUGCUAUCUUCAGAAUCUGAAAAUAUUUAUUUAAAUUCAUCUCAAGGUUUUCUGUUAGUUUUUCACACUUUAUUCCUUUUCUAAAUUUUUAUUUUUCCUAAGGGUAUUAGAUUGCUAUAAUGCUUUGUAUUCUGUAGAUUGAACAAUUGAAAAUCAGAGCAGUUUACCAAAAUAGUUUAUAUAGUAACAAAAAGGGAAGUUGAACUUAUUUAAAAUUUAGAAAAAAUAUGAAUCACGCAGUUAUUAAAACUAUAAUGCUUAGAUGCUACUUUAAAAGUGAGUCUUUAAACUUUAUUGAAAAGCCAAAUAAUAUUUAGGGUCCCCGAUUAUAGUGGGUUACCCUAUAUUUCUUAUUUUAUCCAGGCUAAUUGAACUAUGAAGAAAAUAUGGGAACUUGAACUUUUUAAGAAGGUAUUUUUCUUUAUUAAGAGCCAGACUGAAAUAUUUAUGUUGUCUUCCCCUUGAAAAUAAAAAUUUGAGGGAGAAUAUAAGAUGUUCCUAAAGUAAUUUAAUUUUCCUUUUUCUUAUGUUUGUACUGAUCUGAUUUUGCAAUCACUGUAGCUCUGAAAUUGUAAAAAGUGUCAAAAUGCAUUGAAAAAACCUUUUUUGAUCACUGAGAGAUUUCUUUCUAUCUGCUUACACCUUUGAGUCCAAGUUCACAAGGGUUUUGUGUUUUCUUUUCUGGAGCAAGAAGUAUUUUUGCUGUUACAUUUUUCUUCUUGUUAGACUUUUUUUUUGUUGUUUGUUUUGUUUUUUAGAAACAUUCUGACCCACAACUUUAAAUGGAUGAUAUAAGUGCUUUAGAGGACUUGGGAUUUUGCCAAUUUGUGACUUACACUGGAGUUAUUGAAUUAUUGACUUUGUGGUGCUGACAUUUUCUUUACCUUUUAUCAUUACUCCAGAACCCAAAGGUUUUAUCAUACAUGAUUGUAUUGCUGUUUGGAUCUCCAGUGAUACUUUAAUUAUUCUUAGAAAAUCCUUUCUUGAGAUUUUUCUUCAAGUGGAAUAUAAGAGAUUCCCUUGCUCUAUUGAGUAAUUUGUUCUUCCUAUUGAGACUAUUUAGUCACUUGUUACUAAAAGGAAAAAUGGAACAAUUUAAUUGAAAAUGAAAUAAAGUGUAAGUUUCUAAAUAUCCUGAAAGGGACUAUCUUAGGCCACAGUGAAGGUCACUAUACCUAAUUGGGAAUGAUUUCUACAUUCUGCAUAUUCAGUACAUCUUCAUCCUGAAGAGAUAGAUACUAUUUUGGCAGAACUUAGAUAUUGUUUGAUUCCCUUCUUGUUUUGGACCCUACUGGCAGCUGUAUAAUAACUGAUUACCAUGUUUCCACAUUCAGAAUAUUGUUGACGUGAACAUUGUACUAGUACCCAAGAAAAUCUUUCUAUUUUAAAUUGUACUAGAAACAUAGAAUAAAAAGAAUUAAUAUUUGGAAGAGAAACAGAAGGAUAAGGUUUGUGUCAACUCCUUUCUAAAAAAUUUUACCCACAAAGAUAUAUCUUGUUCUAAAAGAUAACCGCUUUUUCUCAUCACAGCUAUCAAAAUCUUAGAGAGAACACCGAUUUACCUACAUGAUGCACUAGCUCAGAGCUUUGAAUAAAUUGAUAGACACUACCAACUUCAAUGUCUCAUGUCUCAUAUCUCAAUCAAAGCCUUGAUUCUUAAUUUAAAUGCUGGAUGGUUGUUCAAAUGCUGGUUUUGUUGUAUAGAAUAUAUAAUGUACAGUGAAAUAAGUUAUUAGAGCAUGAGCAGAUUCUAUGUCAUAUAUCUUGUUUUUCCAGGCAGGAGAAUUUUGAAUAAAAUAUCUUUGAAAUUA